AUGAUUGAUUGGUUUGCAUUCCAAGGAUCACAAUCGGGAGUAUCACAUGGCCAGAUUCGUUUUAACCUUUUCACUACUGGAUCACGAUGCAAGUGGGUUAAGUUUUCUCAGGUAUGAUUAACUUUUAAUGUCAGUUGUUACUAAUGUGUAGUUUGGUCAUUGACUGUUUGCAUCAAUUUAACUCUCUUCAUCUUCUGAAUUUGUUUUAUUUCUUUCUGGCACAACUUAUGGACACUCAUUUGAAGUCUUCAAAGCCUCUAUUUCAUUUACUCCUUACUUUCCCUGGUAAACAAUUUACCAUCCCUAAUUCUUCUCGGUCCUUAUUCGCGUUGUCUAUUUCAUUCAGUCUUUAUUUUUACUCACAUACGUUCGGUCUUCUCAUUUUUUAAUUUAACCAAUAAAUUCAUUUACUCAUCAUCUGCUUAGACGUGUACUCAUUUAUUUGACCUUUUAUGCGACGCCUCUUUGUCUAUCUUCCAUUUUCCAUCCUUCUCUUUUAAAGCUGUCUUUUGUUCCAUAAAAAAGUCAUGACUAUUUUGCAACGCAGAAGAAAAAGCAUUGUGUGUUUUCUCUUUAUAUAAGGCGUUUUCAUCAGUUCCCAAAAUCCACGUGACUGUGCAACAUGGAAUUCCAAACAAAGAGCAGGACGCCAUGAAUGUUUGGAUUACAAACGUUUCCGCGAAUCGCUUUGAAGUUUGUUUACAAGAGUCCACAACGUUCAGCGGCCUUCACGACAAGCUUUCGGUGGUAUGUAAAAAUGUAACCUUGACAAAAUCUAAUUCACGCGGCCGUGGAAUCGCUUCAAAUUUUCUAUUGUUCUUUCACUUUGCAGAACUGGAUGGCGUUCGAAUAUUACCCGUCAGUUUGGGAGGCAAAGGAGUCCUCAUUGGUGAAGUUUUCCGAAAACGAAGUACCAUCUGCACGAGAUAGUUACGCCCUAUGUAAGGUAUGACCAAACAAAGGUUAGUUUCCGAGUACUUUCAAAGUGAUUACUAUAGUUGAUCUUGUUCACCUUAACCAUGCCUUGCUAAUUAAUUAUUUUUGUUUGUUCACUUUCGUUUUCAAUUUUAUAACUUGGGAAAUUAGGAGAUCUUUUUUCCUUCAUCAAACGUAAUCUCCCUUCCUAUAUGAGAAUAAAAUGAUGACCGGUAAGUGAUACCUAGAAAACCAAAUGGAACUAACAUACCAAUUAAUAUAAGCAAUUCUAAUUUUUCCGAAACGAAUCUCUUUUAACACAAAGUUUCCAAAUACAUUGAGACUUUUCCUUGCCAUUGGAAGAUUCAAAAUAACUCUUCGAGCGAAAGAGAAUUCCGUCCUCCCACUGGGAUAGAUCUGAGACCUUUAAGCUGGGUUAAGCGAAGCUUCAAGAAAUAUCACAAAGAAAUAAGACCUUUCUCGUUUUGCAGAAUGUCUCCUUUUCAAGUCCAUUUUACUCUGCACCUGUGGUACUCACCACUGUCAUUAGUGGUGUCGGUAACAACGCAAACAGUGGGUGUCCAGCGAAAGGUCCUUUGAUAACUUGGCUGGAGGUAAGGCGAUGUGGUUUGGGGUCAUUUCAGAGCAUUAGAUCAUUAAUACUUACAGAAGGCAAAACAGCCUUCAUAUGAGGAUAUCAAACCAAUAAUUGUUGAAUCAAGACAAUUGAAGAUUCAAAUCAGUUAUGUGAGUCAACUGGGGAUCGUAAUCGAAAAGUAGAAAAUAGUAUAGAAGCAAAUAGUUUGAGGCAAUGACUACAGUUGAAUGGCCGUAACUAUAACUUGUUAGAGAUUUUUCUUAAUCAUCAUCUUUUUUAAGAUUACUAUCAUAAAAGACGAGCUGUAUUGAAAGAAAAACGAACAAAAAAAAAACGCAGUUUAGUUAGAGCAAACCUACUGCGUCAGCUACUGCCACGUUCAAGGAAAGAAGUUUUAAGUUAAUUUAAUAAAAUUUGCAUUUUUUCCCUCUUCUUCGAUAGGAAAUCUCCACCUAUUACUUUCGAGUGUGUAUCAAGGAUAGUGCUGGAUAUGAUGGUCAAAGAAGCAAAGUUCUAAUAGAUUACUUGGUUAUUGGAGGUAUAAUGUAGUACAAGAAACUUAUUGUAUCCAUGUUUUUCUCUAACACGUUCCUGCGUACGGUCGAUUUUCGUUAGCAGUGCAGUUGUUACUUUUCAUGAUGUACCAAACCUAAGGAGACUAACGAUUCACGGGCCGGGGUUCAUUGCCGUUCCGGAAUAAAUUAUCAGGAAGUAUGAGUAGUAAUUUUCGAACUACAAUGGUAUUAUGCAAAAAAAUUUUAAAAGACAAUACCGCUGAUUUCAGAUUGUUUCACGAGGAACGAAUGAAACCUGUCAAUGAACUGUUAAACGCUUAGAAGUACGUUCAUUUUACUACGGCUCUUAUCACCACUUUUGAUAUGAUGUUAAACGCUUUUUUUUCUCUUUAAAGACUUAUCAGCCGUGUCAAACAUGAAAAAUUCAUUUGCAGAUCUUGAUCCUUGUACAAAUGCAAGUUGCAAGUAUUACAGCCAUUGUCUAGCUUUGUCUCCAAACCGAUUUACCUGUGCUUGCGAAAGCAGCUGUCCAUCAUAUGAAGAACAGGUCUGCGCCUCUAACGGUCGCACAUUUACCAACUUGUGCUUGCUUAAGGAAGAAAUAUGUAGAACUCGUGGGAAUUACACCAAGUAUCAUCCUGGAAGCUGUGAAGGUACAUUUUCGGUGAUAAAUAAGUCGUGGUUUUUGUUGAUUGAAGAAAGCUUUUCUUUAUGGGUACAGAUAAACAAACACGAAUAGACAGACAUGAAGAUUAAAGAGGAAGCUGUCAAUUCGUAUUUUCAAAACAUGGAAUAUAGAUUCUCGAGUUCACUUAAUUUCAGAAACAAUUAGGCAAAAAACUCACGUAAAGCUUUCAACUCGCUGUAGGUUUCCCUCUUCAGAAAGGAAGACAUCAAUUUCGAAAUGUUCCUUCCUGGGCAGAGGAUCAUUGUGAAGUCAUCAAGUUUAAACCAUUUAGAUUUUACCCAGACCAGAAAAUUUACAUACACCUUACUGUUAAUCAUGCGAACUACAGUGACUCCACUGUGGUACAUGAAGCCACAACACCCUGGGUUGAGAGUGUUAACAGCACUCAGUUCACAGCCUGUGUAACUCGAGCCGGUAGGAAUGAUUACCCCUCGGAUAGCUUUGCCACAGUUGAUUGGGUCGCUCAUCAGGGUGCUCCGUCUGGGGGAGUAGCAGGUGAGAAAUGGUUCUCAAGAUGGUGGACUGGGACUAGCUGUCAAACGGUUACCUUUUCUAAGGUAUAGUGAGUUGUAAUGUUCCAAUUUUUAACUUAGUUUGAAACGACCUAAGAGUACACGAAACAAACGAAAGUUUCCCUGUAUUAUUUCUUUUCGCAUACGUUAGUCAUUUCAAAACUGUCAAGCCCUCUUUUGUUUAGGAAAACUAGGCGCGAGAGGAGGGGAGGGGGUGGAAUCCACUUUGCAAGGAGUGAGUGACGUUCUUUAGCAUUUAAAGAUAAUAGUACGUAGCGUUUUGAACUCUUAAAGAUACUGUUGUAAAAAGUUAGGCAAGGGUCAAGAAUUCUUAGUACAAAAUAACCCGGCUAUGUUUGUUUUUUUGUUUUGUUUUUUUGUUUUGUUUUGAUUUUUUUUGUUUUAUCUUCUUGUUUCGUCGGUUCGUUCGUUUGUUUUUUACUUAUGCGCAGUACGGCAUGAUAAGCUUAUACUUUCAAUUUCAAUAUUUUUUCCAACGAGUUGCUUCCGCCAAUUCCUACAGGGAAAAUAUUCCAAACCACCGACGAUUUUUGCAACCGCUGAGCACUACAGGUCGCGCCUAAGGCAUGAUGCCACCACAGUAUGGCUUGAAGAUGUCACGGCAACUUCCUUCAAGAUUUGUCUCCGGGAGCUGCAAAAUUUUGCCGGGGUUCAUGAAGACAUAUCGGUGGUAGGUAUUUGUGACUAUAUUUUUCCAAUCUCUAUCGGUUUUUUUUUUGAAGAAAGACUAAUUACAGAGCAAAAUAGUUUUAAAAAAAUGGGAAAUAUUAUGAAUUAUAUAAUGUACCAUCGUCCUCUACUACAGGAAGGUAACUUGUUGAAUUCAACCCCCACGUGAUAACGUAUUUCAACUAAUUUGAAUACUUAACUUGCGAUCUGUGGAAUGGAAUGACAUAAGUCAGAGAGCAGUAAACUAGUAUCUAUCACAGGUAGUGUUUAAAUAGUAGGUCGAAGUGAAACCCUGGAACUAAGAGCGACUCUCCAUGUGCCAAUAUUGUACCCAUUUUCUUUCUAUCAUCAUUUUCCGUUAGAACUGGUUGGCGUUUGACUCCCUCCAUAGACCAUUGUUUUCAGAACACAGUGAAGUAACUUUCCAGAAUGACGUUUUGCCUUCCGAGAGUGACAACUUUGCAUUUUGCAAGGUAAGCACAAGACUGAAUAUGGAAUUUGUGUUAGUCGCUAAACCUUAGGAAUUCCUUUCCCCAAAGUUUGAGCUACCCAUCGACCUAAAAAAUUAUGUGGAAAAUCAAUUUCGCAUGGCGACUGUCCUUGAAGUACCGUUUUUGAAAGUGAAUAACGUUUCUCGAUAAGGAAACAAGAACAUUUAGGCAGAAAUAUUCGGUCCACGCAGGGCAAAAUAAUCUCAUUUGCAGUUGGCGAAUGUGUUCUACAAAUGAAACUUGCCAUUCUUCUGACGCUAGAAUUCUAGCUCACUGCUCACAUAAUUGAAGCAUACGUUUUUAGCAAUUCAAUAUUUUAUUAUUUCAAAUUAGCUGGAGGCUGUGAAAAAUGACUAAACUGCUCCCCACCAGCGAAAAAAGUUGUAUUUCCACACAACAUUUUUCAAUAACUAUGUUCAUUGCUAUCAUAUCGCUGUGAUUUACACUAAUUAACAAACAGAUUCCAUCUUACCGUCCACAUGUUCAACAAAAGAUCACAUAUGACACCAAAAUGUGGUGUGAAAAAACGAGUGGCACACCAUAUUUUGACGUCAUCUAUGAUUUAUAACUGUACAGACCUACGGCCACAUAGAAUCUAUUUUUUCUGUAUCAUAUAAAAACAAAUUUGUUGUUAACGAUGACGUCAUCUAUGCGUCUGUCCUCGAUUACAUCAUAGGUAAGAACUGAUCAAAUAGCUUAAAGGAUUCAGCUCAUCGUAUAAUUAACAAAUAGAUUCCAAAUUGCCGUGCGUCUGUUCAGUAAUAGAUCACAGAUGACGUCAAAAUGUGGUAAGAACAAAAAAGUGGCACACGAGGCGCAGCCGAGUGUGUCACUGAUGUUUUUACCACAUUUUGACGUCAUCUGUGAUCUAUUACUGAACAGACGCACGGCAACUUGGAAUCUAUUUGUUUUAUAUAAUAAAGAAUUAAAAAAAGUUUUAACAAUGACGUCACCUGUACGUCUGUCCUCCAAUAGAUCAUAAGUAAGAACCAAUCAGAAUGCGUGCAUAACUGAGCUUAUUAAAUAAUAAUCAAUUCUAUCUUUCGUAUUUUUAGAAUGUAAGUUUCAGGUGGAGCUACAGAAAAACACCAACAGUGUUGUUAACGGCAAAACACUCCACCAACGAUGGAAAUGCAGCCACAGAGUGCAACGGAAUUGCAAGCUGGAUUGAGGUAAUCUGCAGAGCUGAAAUUGCUGAGAAGCAUCUGAAAGUCCAUUCAGUUUACUCGGCUAUUUUCUCCUUUCGAAAAAAAAGAGUUAAGUCACUGGCUAAAGAAAAGUCCUAUUUUUCUGUGUCUUCAGCAUGAUAGAACAGGCAACGACAGAGAAGAAAGAAAAAACUUGGCUCUCUUAUGACCAAUAAUCAACCCGAUUACCCGUUGGUUGCAAAUGCAAUAAGCAACAGAGAAUUCAUAUUGGGUAUUUUACGUCAAAAAUUUUAUCACGAAUCAUAUGUCAAACUUCUUUAACCUUUUGAUCAUCUGCUUUACGUGUGACAGAUUGAGUUCUUGUGUCGUGUCGUAAAUUGCUUUUUCGUGUGUCCAAUAUACGUUGUACCAUUUUUGCCUGCUUCUUGCUUUUUCGAAACUUUUUUGUGAGCUUCUAUUUUGUCACUUUUUCCCUUUGAAUUAUUUGACAAAGCGCUGUGUUCUUAUCACAUAUUCACAUAUCUCCCCUUCAACCUGAAAGACAACACGCAAAGUAAAAAAAAUCCUUGCCAGCGGUACGUAAUCCUCUGAGGACUGGUUAGAUUAUAACACACCAAUAAGGUUAUCUCUCAGGAGUACGAUAGAGCUUAUUUGACCAACAUUUCCGUUCGACUUUUAAAGCCUUAUCUCUUUUUUAUUGAGUUCAUCACCUGUUCCGGCUUCCGCAUUUGUGUCAAGGAACUCUUCAUCCAGCGUUUCGAUCCACUGACAGUGUCAUAUGCUGUACUAACAGGUGAGGGAAUUGACUUGCUUGUUACAAAAUUGCUUAUCAAGAGUAUCAAGUAUCCAGAAUUUGAAUUGAAAGGGGUUCAAGCACAUAAUGAUAGGAGGGUCUUCAGGCCCUUUGAGGAAAUGUUUCCGGGCUCUCAGAUCUCCUCGUCUCUAACAGCACCUACUCUUCCCUCCCAACAUAAGAAUUUUGCUCUCGUUCGAACAUUUAUUUCAACAGAUAUUUGCGAGGAUGACUGGGAAUAUCUCAAUGGAUAUUGCUACAGAAAAGUAUCUUCCUGUGAUUCAUGGAGCAAUGGCCAGGGAACAUGCGCAGCCCUGGGAGCUAAUCUUCCAAGUAUCCAUAGUCAAGAGGAAAAUGUUUUUGUUCAAAGUCUACAUGGUGGAGAGCAUUCUUGGCUGGGGCUCUCUGAUACCAAAUCUGAAGGUCCUGGAGGGAACUUUGCUUGGAGCGAUGGAGCACCAUUUGACUUCAAUUUUUGGGCGCAACACCAACCGAAAAAGUCACAUAAACAGAACUGUGUUCAUACACUUGGUUUCCUUCAAGAUCAUCUGUACAAAUGGAAAGAUGUUAAUUGUACUGAAUGUCACAGAUUCACUUGUAAGAAAGGUACGACAUAGUUUGAAGAAUGAAUCGGAGAUGUUGCCAUCAGUGGAGAAUUAACAGCAAUGUUUUGAGUCUUUUUUCUUUCUUACGUCCACUUAUCUCCUAUCAAAAGAUAACCUCACUCAAGGAAAAGAAUGCUUCAAGUUAACACAUAUAUGUAAGCCUUUUGGUCGUUAAAUGGGGAACUAUCUAUUUCUGUUGAUAUAAAAAAUCUUAGUCAACUAUUGCUUACAGCAUCAACUACUAGCUUACGAUUUGUUAAACGUUACCUGAAGUAAUAAUCUCAAAAAAAUAAAAGAAAUUAUGCCAUGUUUCACAGCUUCUUAUGUUUUCUUCUUGAAUGAAAAAUUGCAUGGAAGAUAAAGUCAAUGAAGUGACUUCCCUAUGUUAAUACUUGAAUAGCUUUAAUGACCAUUUUUACUUUUACAGACUACAACGAAUGCAAAGAUCUUUCCUUCGAUUGCCCAGAGAAUGCCACUUGUGUGAAUAGAGAUGGUACCUACUCAUGUCGAUGUCCUUCUGGAUUUCGUUUAGAUGGGAAAAACUGCUCAGGUCUGUAAAAACGUGACACCUUUAAUGAAAAGCACAUAAUAUAAUUGCGAAAAAACAUAUUCGGAACAAUAUAAAACCGUCGUUUUAAGCAUAAAAGGCCUCUAAGAGAAUUUACGAAUGGACUUCCCUUCUCAACCCGAGUUACGAAAGGUAAAAGUGUCAAUAUAUCAGCUAACGAUGUGAUAAUGCUUCUGAUUUAGGUGUCAAUUUUCAGAUUUAUGACGUUACCAUGGCAACUGACAUCACCCUGAUAACAGACAGAUUUAGAACAAUUUUUGGCCUAAUGCCUCUAGAUUUUCAUUUUUAUUCGGUGAAAUGUCUUCAUUCUUUGGCACAUUAGGGAAAUGUUACUUCCUGACCUUUUUAAAUGGCAAAAAUUGAAGAUCUUUCGCACAAUUUUGGAUACAUUCGAACCUCGAUUAUCGGGACUCGUGGGACUGGACGAAAUAGACCGGAUAAUUGAGGGUCCUGAUAAUCGAGAAUAUGAAUAUUAAUGAGGAACAAAUACUAAUUAUUUUAAGAGAGCGACAUUUAAUCGUGAAACAAAACAUUCACAAAUCGUUUUUAAAAAAAAGGAUGGUCUACACCUUCACUUUCCGUUGAGAAUACCUCCACAAGUGUGUAUUAACAAGAAAAUCAAUGAAAAAUGUUUUUACAUUGGCCUAAAAUGUCAAAGUAAGCCAGUUUGUCUCAAAGAAGAACAUCGCGUGCGCAUUGAUCGAGAGUCCCAUCAUUCUUCCAAGCAACAGGAUCUGGAUAGCAUCAACAUUGUUCUGUCUUUCCAUUCAUAAUAAACACUUUUUACAACAUUCAACAGUUUCAGAGUUCGAAACAACUUUCUCAUCUUGGCCUUCAUGUUCCUCAUCGCCGCUACUUACAACUUCGAAAGAAGACUUCCAACAACGCUUUCUAAAAUUUGCUCGUCGGGCAACUGUGGCGAAGUUGGGAGCUCAUUCUCACUUAGCAACAAAGUAACUCUAAGUCAAUCCGACCUCAUUCGAAGGUUCUUCAUUAGUUAACACGCGUACCAGCGCUGCUUUUGCUUUUUGAAAGCGAAACAAACUCGCUUUUGCUUCACUUUUCAACCUGCAGUUUUAAAAAAGAAUACGACUACGGAUCUUGAUCAUGACUUUUAAAAGAAAAAGUUCGGAUAAUCGAGAGAUCCGGAUAAUCGAGGGUCGACUGUAAUCUCUAAAUAGGCCAUUUGAUAUGAAUUUGCGAGUGGCUAAGAAUGGACCAUUUUUCAAAAGCAUUCAUUGAAGGAAACGCAAUAAAUUUCAUUGGAAAGAUCUCUCAGUUUUUCGUACUCCCAGAUCGUUACCUGAGCAAGCGUAAACUUUCGAAUCUGUCACCUUUUCGCAAUCUUGCACUAUGGAUAUAGCUGCUAGAAACCCUUAAGUCACUAUUAUUAAAAAAAACUGUCCUAUUUUAUGCUGAUUUAAUACUACUUUCCAGCUAAUAAUUGUUUGAUGGUAUCCAGCCGCUAUCAUUUUUUUUGUUUACACUGCACCUCGACUCCCAUCAACCCGAGCCUCCAAGAGAAAUAGAAAGAAGGUUUGAGUUAUGUGGAGCGCUCUUCUUCGAAGCUAAGGAAAAAAGCGCUGAAAUUUGGACAAACUUCAACCGCAUUUCUAUUCUGUAGCUUUUUAUUCAGUUUAACUGUUUCCAAAUGUCUUAACUUAGACUCAGCAGCUAAGAACUGUGCUGAGCUGUACAAAUCUGGUAAGUCAACCAGCGGUGUUUAUGCAAUCGACCCUGAUGGUUCUGGUGCCUUUGAUGUAUACUGUGACCAGACAACAGCCGGUGGGGGGUGGACGGUGUUCCAAAAGAGACUGGAUGGCUCGGUAAGUUUCUACCGCGGCUGGACCGAUUACAAGAAUGGCUUUGGUGACCUGAAUGGAGAAUUUUGGCUAGGACUGGACAAGAUACACCGUUUGACAAAAACAAAGAAAAGGCUUCGAGUAGAUCUGAUGGACACCAAAGGCAACACUGCUUACGCCGAGUACGACAUGUUUGCAGUUACCAGCGAGAGGACUAAGUACAAGCUCAGCCUUGGCACUUAUUCAGGUAAAUGAACGAUGUUGUGUAGGUGAACCUCUGAUUGUGAUACUAAACAUGUUGUACUAAAUAAUGGUUCUCGUUAAAUGUGGUUUAAAUUAUGGCAUGACAUCUUGUUUUCCUUUCUUUUAUAAAUAUUGGGCGGGAGGUCCCUAAUGAAAAAAACUACGCCCGAGUCAUUGAGUAUCCUUCGUGGCUAUAGUGUACUUAACAAGAAUGAAUUUAUCCAAAUCAACGGGAGAAAAACAAGACUUUGCACCUUGCAGCGCCGACUUACAACCCUUCACAGCUUACAGUUAUGAUGCUACAAUAUAGUUGAUCAUGCACAAUCUGCAUUUACCUAUGCAAUGUAGCCAUUAUCAAAUAUCUUAAUACUUUUUGGAUUUUUUUUCAGGAACUGCUGGUGAUUCUCUCAUUUAUCAUAAUGUCCGUCCCUUUUCAACUAAAGAUCAAGAUAAUGGCGUAGGAAAUUGUGCUGUGCUUUACAAAGGAGCCUGGUGGUACUCCGGCUGUCAUCAAUCUAACCUGAAUGGACUUUACCGUCAUGGGAAGCAUUCAUCUUAUGCCGAUGGAGUCAACUGGCGUCUCUGGAAGGGAUAUUACUACUCCGCCAAGAGAGCUGAGAUGAAAAUUAGACCAGCCUGA